CUUUUUGACAGAGGAUUGUUUUCAACAUGACCUCUCCAACUGUUACAAAAAAACCGCAAUGAAAUCGUAUAAAAUUACUUUUAUUACUUUAUAUUUAAUAGAAGUGUUGUAAUUUCGCAAGGUGUAGUCUCGUAAUAAAAUAUUUCUUGCAACAAAAAUGGAUUUUGAAAGCCCUGAUAACAUGAAAGAUUACCCAGAUAGCGAUGGUGGUGAUAAGAUGACUAAAAAAGAAUUGUUAAUGGGUAAAAGAAAAGAUAAAAAGGAUAAAAAAGAUAAAGAACGCGGUUAUGCAGCUUUAGAGGGGGAAAGUUCAGCUGAUGAAAGCUCAUCAAGGAGUCCAUCAAAAUCUAAAAAAACAAAGCCUUUUAAAUUUUCUACCAAAUCAAAAGAUAAGCGGGAAAAAUCUUCUGAUAAAGAAAUUGUGGAAAAGAAAAAAGAUAAAGAGAAAAAAACGGAUAAAAAAGUUGAUAAAGACAAAAAAAGCGAGAAAAAAGAACGCAAAGUAAAACACUUAGAAGAGGGCGAUCUUUCAGAAAAACUUCCCAUUUUUGGCGCAAAACUAGAUGUGGCAAUUGAAAGAAGUCGGUGCCAUGAUGGAGUAGACAUUCCCCUUCCAGUUAGGAUUUGCAUAGAUCAUGUCCAAGCAAAUGGUCUUUACUUUGAAGGUGUUUACAAAGUAACUGGAACAAAAUCUAAAGUUUUGCAAUUAAGAAAAAUGUUUAACUGCCGCGAAGAAAUUGACUGCACAGAAUAUGAUAUUCCCACAGUUACAAGCCUUUUAAAACUUUAUUUGCGAGAUUUACCAGAACCGGUUCUAACAAGUGACCUUUUAAUUCGCUUUGAAGAAGCCGGAGCCAUCCUAAAUGUUACCACAAGAGAAAAACAUUUAAAAAUAUUAAUCGAAUCUCUACCCACCAGUAACAAAUUAUUACUAUCUUAUCUAUUAUUACAUUUCGAUAACGUUAUAUCAAAUGAAAAAGCAAAUAAAGUUAAUCUCCAAACUCUCAUCACAUCCCUUUCCCCCAUUUUACACUUAUCAAAUCGUUUAUUUACAGCUUUAUUAUAUCAUUGUCAAUCUUUAUUUCCAAACACUCAAAUAACGCGUUAUAUCCCCCCAUUAAAACCAAACGCACAACUCCCAAUUGAUCCUGAUUUAAUUGAAGAGGAGUUAAAAAAGCAAGAAUCUCUUUUAGCUCAAAUCCAUGCUGAGAUUCAAGAGGGAUUCAUCGCGCGACAUCGUGAAGAAUUAAUGUGGGAAGUACAAAGGAUAAUAACACAAUUAAAAAGAACGUAUAAAAACGUAAUGCAGAAAGAUAAAGAACACGAAAAAUCGAAAGGAUUUAAUGAAAUUGUUAAAAAUGGAGAAAUAACGCAAGAAAACGAACAAAGUGAAGGCGAGAGAAACGUUGAAGAACAAGAUUUAUCUUCAGAUAAUCAAGAUAACGUUGAUUCGGCGGUCGUUGAUGUCGUUCAAGAAAAAGCGAAAGAAGAAAGUGGCGUUGAGAAUCAAAUAGAAUUGUUGCAAGUAAAAAAUAAGCUCCUAUUAGAGUUAAAAAAUAAACUGCAGAGGUGUAUUGAUGAAGAAAAAGGUGAAAUUGGAUUGUUGAAACAAAAACUAACCGAAAACAAUGAUUACAGCAUGAUUAGUUAUAAUGGAUCUGGAAAUUUAGAGGAACUUAUGGAUUUACUUAGCAAGGAAAAUCAAAUAUUACAGAUUAAAAAAAUUAAUUUGGUGAGGCGAAUUAUGGAGCAACAGGAAAUUUGUGUUGAUUUAAAAGCUAAGUUAUGUAUAUCAAAUGUUUAAUUUAAAAAUGGGUUUCAAAUAAAUAUUAAAAACAG